CUGUGGCUGUGUGACUAAAUUGGAUGACAUUUCAGAGGAGCGUUCUCAGAACAAGGAAGUGAUAGCUGCUCAAGUUUCAGAAAUAUUUGGGACAGCUGUUUUCACGAUUCUACAGUUUUAAGAACAAAAUAUGGAGGCAACAUGAUUUGGUUCAUACACAUGCAUUUGUGUGGCCAUGUCUACAAGGAUUGGACUCCAAGCACACUCCUUCUGUGAAGUCCACCUGCCCUCUCAACCCAGUCUUCAUCAGCCACACCCCCUUCCUCCUCCAAACAUGGCACCAGUACCCCCUGGCAUCCGCUUCCUGGUUUCAUUUAACAAGGUCCAGUGGUACAGAGCCUUCACCUUCAUCCUCACCUUCCUCCUGUACACUAGCUUCCACCUUUCUAGGAAGCCCAUCAGCAUUGUCAAGAGUGAGCUACAUAGGAACUGCUCGUCUCUCAGUGAGGUCCAAGCCCCUAGCGGCCAGCCAACGCUACACUCUGAUGUAGACUGUAGCUGGAAGCCCUUUGAUAAAAGCAACUACAAGCAGCUGUUGGGAGCCAUGGAUUACUCAUUCCUGUGUGCCUAUGCUAUUGGCAUGUACCUCAGUGGUAUCAUUGGUGAACGCCUGCCCAUCCGUUGGUACCUGACAGUGGGCAUGUUGACUAGCGGCCUCUUCACUUGCCUGUUUGGCCUGGGCUACAUCUAUAACAUACACAGUCUCGGCUUCUAUAUAUUUGUCCAGAUUGCCAAUGGCUUGGUUCAGACCACUGGAUGGCCAAGUGUGGUCACCUGUAUUGGAAACUGGUUUGGCAAGGGAAGACGAGGCCUGAUCAUGGGCCUAUGGAACUCCCACACCUCCGUAGGGAACAUCCUAGGCUCCCUGAUAGCUGGAUACUGGGUCUCUUCUAACUGGGGAUUGUCUUUUAUCGUUCCUGGUCUCAUAAUAGCCCUCAUGGGCCUGGUCUGCUUCCUCUUCCUCAUCGAACAUCCAAAUGAUUUGAAGACCAUCCAUGCCCAGAACCCGGUACUUUGCAGUAAUCAUAAGCCAAAAAAGACCUGGAAAGGGAUGAAUGGACACAAGGAACUGUACAACUACAAGGGAGGCAAAGAUCAGAGCUGGGAGAACGCAGAACUGCUUCUCCCCCCAGACAAUGGGAGGGUUUACGUUCCUGUUCAACAAGUGGUGGUAGUGAAGAGUGAGUCAGAGCCCUCUGCAAUCAGUUUCAUGGGAGCCCUACGCAUACCGGGAGUGAUUGAGUUCUCCCUCUGUUUGCUGUUUGCCAAACUAGUCAGCUACACCUUCCUUUUUUGGCUGCCUCUUUAUAUCACCAAAACGGCUCACUUGGAUGCCAAGAAGGCCGGGAAUCUGUCCACUCUGUUUGACGUGGGAGGAAUUGUUGGUGGAAUCUUGGCUGGGGUUAUCUCUGAUAAGAUGGGUAAGAGAGCCACCACCUGUGCAGUAAUGUUAUUCCUGGCUGCUCCCACACUUUACGGCUUCUCAAUGAUCAGUGAGUUCGGCCUGGGACCCACUAUUGGUAUGCUAGUAGUGUGUGGAGGACUGGUGAAUGGACCAUAUGCCCUUAUCACAACUGCAGUUUCUGCUGACCUGGGAACACACAAGAGCCUGAAGGGCAAUGCCAGGGCCCUGUCCACGGUUACAGCCAUCAUCGAUGGAACAGGAUCCGUAGGUGCAGCACUGGGGCCCCUGUUGGCAGGACUGCUGUCUGAGGGAGGCUGGAACAGGGUCUUCUACAUGCUGAUGACAGCAGACUUCAUAGCUCUGCUGCUGUUGCUGCGGCUGGUGAUGAAGGAGAUGACCCAUAGCAAACCUCUCCCUAGCACUGCUGUGGAGUUGAAGGAACACUGAGCAUUUUGCAUAAACUCCAAGUAAAGGAGUUGUGUGCUUGUGAAACCACUUUUGCAAACCUGGCCUGAACCUUUAAAAUAGGCCGUGGACCUCAUCGUACACAGACAGCAACUCUACUGGACCAGUCUGCAUGCUACCAUCCAGAAUGGUCCCACCCGUCCUCAAUAAAGGGCUUUGGCAUAUGCAGGGCUUAGAUACUUAGUUGAAUGAUGGAGCUUGGGAGGAGCAAUACAAUCCUCACUGUACACAACACCACAACCUUUCUGACGUGAUCUGCAUAUCUCAGAACUUUUUUUAAAGAAUAUUCACUCUCUCCUUUGCCUUAUCCCACCAAAGAUUUAGGGAAAGUAAAUGUAAUAAUUGUCACUAAUACUAAAUCAAAAAAAUUACAUUGUCUGUUGCGUGGUGGUAUUUUGUCCUGUUAUGAAUUAUAUAAAGCAACUGCAAUCUGCUAAAUGACUAAAUGUAACUGAUACCACACAAAAAAUGGGGAAUGUUUUUGACCUGUCACUGUUGGGAACUUGAAGGCUAUGAAUGUAAUGCUUAACUUUAAAUUACUUGACCAACCUCAAAUGAUAAGGGGGACAUUUUAAGCUAACCAAGAAUGUGCAAUGUUGAAAAAUAGCAAGACCAAAUUGUUCCCAACUCUUAAAAACUCAUGGGAUGUGUGAGUUUGUUUAUACUCAUUGUUGUGUGGGAGUACAAUGGACAAAAUACACAUAUUUUCUAAUGGUGGUAGCCUUUACUUUGUAUUUUGUCUUUUAUUUUCAAUGUUGUAAGAAUGUCCCCAGUGGUUGUACUUGAAAUACCGUGUGCCUUUCUGGUGUAUGUAUUUUGGGGGGGUGUAUCAGUCAAUAUAAAAUAUAUAUUUUCCCUCAG